GACCCGGGCCCCCCCCCCACGAGCCAGUCACCAUCCCCGAGUCCAGCUGAGGCUCGGAGCCAUCCGGCGACCCGGCGAGCGGCCUCAGGCCCCGCCAUGGGGAAGACCAACAGCAAGCUGGCCCCGGAGGUGCUGGAGGACCUGGUUCAGAACACCGAGUUCAGCGAGCAGGAGCUGAAGCAGUGGUACAAGGGCUUCCUGAAGGACUGCCCCAGUGGCAUCCUCAACCUGCCCCAACUCCCUGCGUCCCCUCCUCAGUUCUUCCCCUACGGCGAUGCCUCCAAGUUUGCUCAGCACGCUUUCCGCACCUUCGACAAGAACGGCGACGGCACCAUCGACUUUCGGGAGUUCAUCUGCGCCCUUUCUGUCACUUCCCGCGGCAGCUUCGAGCAGAAACUCAACUGGGCCUUUGAGAUGUACGACCUGGACGGCGACGGGCGCAUCACGCGCUUGGAGAUGCUGGAGAUCAUCGAGGCUAUCUACAAGAUGGUGGGCACCGUGAUCAUGAUGCGCAUGAACCAGGAUGGGCUCACGCCCCAGCAGCGUGUGGACAAGAUCUUCAAGAAGAUGGACCAGGAUAAGGAUGACCAGAUUACUCUGGAGGAGUUCAAGGAGGCAGCCAAGAGUGACCCAUCCAUUGUGCUGCUGCUGCAGUGUGACAUGCAGAAGUAGAGAGCAAAGGCUGGUGAGGGGCAGGGCCCUGGCCAGGAGGAGCGUGGCCACCUCCCAACCCCAUGACCUCUCUGGCUGGCCCUUCCCUAGGGGGAGGGGUACUCCAGCCUCAUUCUCUGGCCCACCCACCCCUGUGCCCAAGCCCUUGCUCCCCUCAAUCAAGAUCUUUGAGGGACCACUUCACCCUGGAGAAGAGAGAUCCUCAGGUAUCCUGUGGUCUAGACCCACCCCCAGUCUUGGCCCAGAACUAACAUCCACUGGGCAAAGGGGAGUUAGCCUUUGCCCCUACAGGCAGGGUUAAGGAGGGAGGCUGGGGUUCUGCUUUGAAAGUCCGUUCUUCCUGGGUUUAUAUUUUAUAAGAUGUGGUUCCACACACCCCAGUUAAAGGGCCAAAUUGGGUCUGUCCUUUAUUAAGGACCCAGAUCCCUUACAGGUGGUCUCUGUCCUGUUCCCUCGACUCUCCCUGGCUCUUUUGGCUCCUGUCUUUGGAGCGUUCAUUCGGUCCUUUCUUCAGCUAACAGUCAUUGAGCCCCUGUUCAAUGUCAGGCACCUCUUGGUGCUAAGGAUAUGGUAGUCUACAGGACACAUUCUGUGCCCUCCGGAAGCUCACACAGUGAGGCAGGCUUCCAGUGGUCAGAGACGUUGAACACAGCUGAGCACAGGGUGGGUAAGGCUGGUUAGUUUGAGAGGAACUAUUAAAUCUUUCCACUCCGUUCUAUGCAGAGUUGCAGGAGGAUAAAUGAAGUGUUUGGAAGUCUAGGAACCAUGUAAGUGGAAGUUUUAAGAAAAAUUGAAAUUUAUGCAAUACCUAAUUUUUUUUAGUACCCUUAAAAGGAGCUAAAGUAAUUUUAUUAGUUUAGGGUAUUAAAACAUACUCUAUAUUACUUGAUUUCUUAUAAAAUAAUAAAAUGAAUACAGAAAUGCUAAUUUUCAUGGGGAAAAAGCACUGAGAGAGAAAAAAAGAGGGAAACACCACCAAACUCACCAGAAAACACUUUUUCUUAUCAAGCUAAAUCCUGAGCUGUUGCCAUCAGCAGCUUCUACUGCUUCCUUUUUACUGAUCUUUUUCAAUUCCGUGAGCAACUCUGUUUGGUUAGGUGCUGUCUUCAGAAACACAAAAACAAGGUUCGCUGAGAGUGAGACUGUGUAUUUCCCACAUCUUGGUAGUUCCUUUCUGGAUUUGAUCUAGUUUCAAGGAUGGGCUUGUUCUUUCACUGCUACAGAAGUAGAAGGAGCUAGAAGAAGAGCCCAUCUGGCCAGUGUUUAGGUGCCAGGCUGCAUUUAUGGACCAAAUGCCUAAAAAUGUGCUGGGCAUGCUCCAUUUGAAAAGCUUUUUCUAACUCCAAAUCUUAAAUCGGGCAGGUAAUUCAUCAUCUUCUAAGUGCACUGGCUUUGCUUCCCAAUGUCUGCUUCCCGGUUUUGGAUCCAUGAGCUAUACAGCUGCAUGCUUUGGCUGCUAGACAGUUCCUCUUGCUUCUUUAAGUCUUUCCCUUUACUUUCUCCUAUACUUGUGAUCAGAAGUUAGCUUUCAUGUGCAGUGACCGUUGACUUCCUCUUGAACUGCUGGUGAAAACAGUCUAGUACACAGGUGCUGUCAGCCCAGGGUGGGAACAGGGAAUGGUUGCUGAGUUGGGGGUGCGGAUUGUACCUGCAGGGAAGCAAUGAAGCUUGUCUUUUACUUCUGAGUGUUCACCUGUCCUCUCUCUCUGCAGGAUGUCCUCUCAUCUUGGGGAUGUGGACCUUUGGUCCAAAACUCUACUGGGCCUUCCUUCUUGCUGCUCUUGGAGGUAGCGAGGCCACUGGAUUGCCACCUCUUUCUAUCCUGUCUAUGACCUGCCUGUUACCAAGGCUAGGGAACUCACAUCCUCAGGCAGUCACCAGUAGGCUUUUAUCCAGUAACGCCUCAAAGGAUGUUCCAUUGCUCUCAGGAGCUGGCCAUGAGUGUAUCUUGUGCUGUCAAUCGGCACCCCAGAUACUCAAUAGCCUGGCUCAGCUGACACUUCCAAUGGAAGGCUUUUUGCAAAGUGGGGUUCCCAUCCCCCAAACGUUGAAUCUAACUCAACUCCCAAUCACACAGAACUUCAUGGCUUUCAAAGGCUUGCCAUCCACCCCAUCUUAUUCUACGCUCACAGCCUAGGGAAAUGGGGAUUUCAUUUCCCAUUUCCUUUCUCCAGACUUGGAGACCGAGGCACAGAGAAGGGGAGUCUCUUGUGCAAAGGCACAGAGUCAGGAGGUGGCACAGUGCCAAGACUUGAACCCAAGACUCUAAGCAGGUUCUUCCCUUCAGAGUCUCUCCCCUACUCAUUUAUUUGACUCUGAGUUGCACAGAGGUUGGCUGGGGGGCAAGCUAAGUUAGUUUGGUCUUUUACAAGCUUCCUGCUAAGAAGUUCCUGAAGCUGUGGUCUUCCAAAAAGAAAUAGGAACUGGGGUUGAAGUCCCCACAUUUUCGAGCAUCUUGUUUUCUGUUCUGGGCAGCUCUGCCUACAAAUCAGUGCUGUCCUAGGAGGCCUCUGACUCGGAACCCUGGAAGCGUCUUGCACUGUCUCUACCAUCAACUUCCUCCCUAAGAGAACUGCUUUUGUGUUUUCCCAGCUGGUAGGCAAGUCCUACCUGCGAGGGCGUGUUUGAUCACUCCAAGCUUUUGGACACACAUCCCUGGCUGAUAUUUGCUGGUGAGGCCAAAGACCCAGCAGUGCCGAAUACAUAAUGCCAGGCCAGGGACCGGGAUCACCAUCUCGCUAAUGGGAGGAGCCAUAGACAGGCCAGGCCUGGCUCCCACUUGCUCCUGAUGUCCUAAGGACGCUGCUUGGGAGCUCCGGUGGUAGAGCACUGGCCCUGCUGUGAGAAGGGAGGCAGUCCUCCCAUCUCUGCCCCAGCUGAGAGGGACUUGUCACAGAGCACAAGGUUAGCAGAGAUGGAAGUAUGACUCACAUAGACUCAAAAAUAUACAGACAGUUAAGACGUUGAUAUAUCCAGACUCUCCUUGGAAGUUCUGUAUCUUCUUGCAGCAACUCUGAAUUGCACGAUUCCAAAUCUAUCUUCUAACUGUAUUCUGUCCUCAUUCAAUCUUUGGUCCAACUGAUGAGCUCCUUCUUAUCUCUAAAAAUCAUCAACAAGGGCUACUUCAGAUGGCCACUGCAGUCCUUUGAGCUAUCGUCAGGAUUACAUAACCUACCUUAAAUCAAAAAUUAA